UGUCAAAGCAUUCUUUACAAAAAUUGACCAUGAAGAACAUAUCAUUGAUGAUAAUAACAUAGAUCAAAAUCUACAUACAUGUAUAUGCAAGGGUUUUUGUGAUUUGGAGUAUAUUGAUUAUGUUAUAAAUAGUCCAGGUAAUUUUGGAGGUGGUAAAAAACCUGAAAUAAUUGCAAAGCAACUUUUUCCUCAAAAAUUUCCUGCAAUCAAAUCUUUUUCUCGAAGAAAACUUUCUAAAUCUGAACUACAAGAGUUUAAAAGAGCAUUAGAAGCUGAAGCUACUUG